AUGGCGAGACCUUUUGAGAUGAUAAGCGAUAUAAAUGACCGCAACGAGUUGUGGGAGAUUGCUGUCAAAAAACAUCACAAAUGGAUGGUAACGACGGCUCCGAAGGAGCAUUUUGAGAUGGUUGUGCCCAGUGAUUUGAUGUUCAAACCAACAAACCACAAGUUUCUCCUUAAAUUCACUAGUGGUACAACUAUAGGAGAUAUUGGCAAGCACGAUAUCACUGAUAAGCUGAGCAGCUUAACCCCUUUUGUUGAUAUAAUCUUAGGGAAAUGGCAAAGGAAUAUUCUUUGUGAUGUUAUUGGUGUCAUUGACGAUGUAGGCUACACACAGUUGCACGCAGGAGGGAAAAACCUUAGGUCAACUUGGUGUUGCACGGUUUGGGAGAUAACACUUUAA